AUGACAAAAUAUUCUACAAUCAACACCGACGAUGAGAUCACACCUCAAGCCUCAAACAGCAAUGAAUUCGCAUUAGAAGUAACGGAUCAAACUCCUCUUCUCGAAAACCUUAUUUCUACUGAACAUGAAACUCAAAUUAAUUAUGGAAGUGCUAGUCGAUUUUCUUGUGCGGUUAAUCUUGCUAAUACCAUCCUCGGAACCGGCAUGCUGGCAAUGCCAGCUGCUAUAGCUUCGGUUGGUCUAAUAAUGGGCAGUAUGAUGAUUUUCUUUGCCGCUUUCACUUCCGGCCUCGGCUUAUUCUUCCUAUCGCGCGCUGCUUCUUAUACUAAGGGUCGAAAUUCUUCAUUUUUUGCCGUAUCAAAAUUAACCUAUCCUAAAGCUGCUUUUUUCUUCGAUACCGCAAUUGCUAUCAAGUGCUUUGGUGUCUCUAUUUCUUAUCUCAUCAUUAUUGGUGACUUGAUGCCUCAGGUAGUGAUUGCAAUACUAGGAAACGGUUAUAUUGAUUCUCAUUCUUUAUUUCUGGAUCGAAGAUUUUGGAUAACUGCGUCCAUGGUUAUAAUCGUACCUUUAGCAUUCCUGAAAAAAUUGGACUCUUUAAGACAUACGAGUUUAAUUGCUUUAGUAGCUGUGGUCUACUUGAUGUUUAUUGUCAUUUACCACUAUUUUGGCCCUGACUUUGAAGCUCCUCCAAAGGACAAAAUUCAUUUGAUCAAUUUUUCGGGAAAAUUUUUUACUAAUUUACCAAUUUUUGUAUUCUCUUUCACUUGCCAUCAAAAUAUUUUUUCAAUAUAUAAUGAAUUGAAAAAUAAUGCUCAAAAACGUAUCAAUUCUGUAAUAUUUGUUUCCAUCGGGACUUCUGCUGUUAUUUAUCAAAUCAUCGGAAUAUUAGGUUACUUGAGUUUUGGUGAUGAUGUUUGGCCUAACAUCAUUGCAAUGUACCGUGCAAGUACAAUCAUCACAAUUGGUCGAUUAGCAAUUGUUAUCUUGGUAAUUUUCUCCUAUCCAUUGCAAGCCCAUCCCGCUCGUGCUUGUUUAGAAAAAGCUAUCUAUUCAUUUCAAUCUUUGACUUCAAAAUCCUCUCCUCCUCCUUCUUCUUCGGAAGCAAGAUAUAUAUUCUUGACUAUUGGGAUCCUAUUAAGUAGUUAUACAAUAUCUAUAUUGGUUUCAAAAUUAGACUUGGUACUUGCUUUUGUCGGAUCAACGGGUUCAACUGCUGUUUCAUUCAUUCUUCCUGGCAUUUUUUAUUACAAAUAUCAUGAAGGUUCUUCAUGGAAUUAUAGAAAAAUACUUUCUUUACUCCUAGCAAUUUAUG